CAGUUAUGCAGGUUAGGUAAUACUAAUAGGAUGUUUAGGGAAGCUUUGUAUAUAAUAUUAACUUUAAACAGUAUUUAAACUAGCAAUUUGCAUAAUGAUGAGAGAGCUUGGGAAAUCAGGAAUAAACAAAUUCAUAAUAUGUAAACAUAAGAUUGGCGAUACUAUUACUAAUAUUAAUACUAGGGCAACGAGAAGUUUGGAAACUUCCCUGAAAAUGAGAUUCAGAGCAGAAAUUGAAUUAUGAUUUUAAAGAUAACUUUACUAAGUAUGUCAGUUUUAUUAAAGAAAAUUCCAUGGAUAAUCUGUUAGCUGAGACAAUUUAUUCUAUAUAGGAGACAGCAGUUCAAAUAUUCAAGGUGAAUCAUCUAUGUGAACAUCAUGCCAGGUGAAAAAUCCAGUGAUUCUGACAAUGUUCAUGUUGUGGUCCGCUGUCGGCCCAUAAAUGAGAAAGAGCAGGCAUCUGGAUAUAAAUGUAUUGUAGAGGUAGAACCAGUACAAGGCUCAAUUACUGUGUGUAAUCCUAAUAGCUCUGAAGAGGAACCUCCUAAAAUGUUUACCUUUGACACAGUAUUUGGAUAUGAAUCUAAACAAGUUGAGGUCUACAACCAGGCAGCAAGACCCAUUGUAGAAAAUGUUCUAGAAGGAUAUAAUGGAACAAUCUUUGCAUAUGGUCAGACUGGAACAGGUAAAACAUUUACCAUGGAAGGGGUUCGUUCAACGCCAGAACUGAAAGGCAUUAUUCCAAAUUCUUUUGCUCACAUCUUUGGUCAUAUUGCUAAAGCAGAAGAUGAUAAAAAGUUUUUAGUGCGUGCUUCAUAUAUGGAAAUUUAUAAUGAAGAAGUUCGUGAUCUCUUGGGAAAAGAUCAAAAUGUUCAUUUGGAGGUGAAAGAAAGGCCUGAUGUAGGUGUUUAUGUGAAAGACCUCUCUGCGUUUGUAGUGAAUACAGCUGAUGAACUUGAUAGGAUUAUGACUCUUGGGAACAAAAACAGAGCUGUUGGAGCAACCAAUAUGAAUGCACACAGCUCUAGAUCACAUGCUAUCUUCUCCAUAACUGUGGAAUCUAGUGAAAAAGGAUUAGAUGGACAACAGCAUGUUCGCAUGGGAAAGCUUCAUCUAGUUGACUUAGCUGGAUCUGAGAGACAGAGCAAAACCGGUGCUACAGGACAGCGACUUAAAGAAGCUACUAAAAUCAACCUCUCUUUGUCGACCUUGGGUAACGUGAUCUCUGCACUGGUAGAUGGGAAAAGUACCCAUGUACCUUAUCGUAACUCUAAACUAACUCGACUCUUACAAGACUCUUUAGGAGGCAACUCAAGGACAUUGAUGUGUGCAAAUAUUGGCCCUGCUGAGUACAAUUAUGAUGAAACCAUUAGUACUCUGAGGUAUGCAAACAGAGCCAAAAACAUCAAGAACAAGGCCAGAAUUAAUGAAGAUCCCAAAGAUGCUCUUUUAAGACAAUUCCAGAAAGAGAUAGAGGAACUGAAGAAACAGCUUAAAGAAGAGGGAGAAGACAGUGACUCUGGAGAAGGAACCAGCAGUGCUGAGGGUAGCCCUGAAGAAAAUGGUGAAGAGAAUAAUGGUGCUAAGAAGGAGAAAAAGAAGAAAAAUCAGCGUAAAAAAGGUGUUUCUGAAGAAAAGAUGAAAGAAAUUCAAGCAAAAAUUGAAGCAAGUCGUAAAAUGAUGGAAGAAAAAGGCAUGGCUGAGGAAGAGCGAAACCGCAUAGCCAAUGAACUGAAGAAACAAGAAGAUGAAUUAAAACAAGCACAGGAAGAGCAUGAUGCAUUAGUUCAAAAGCUACAAGCUUUGGAGAAGAAAAUUAUUGUUGGUGGAGAAAAUCUUUUGGAAAAAGCUGAAGAACAAGAAAGAUUAUUGGAAGAGAGUGCACAAGAGCUGGAAGAACGAAAACAGAAAGAGAAAGAACUCAGACAAGCACUAGAAAAGAAAGAGGCUGAAAGACUAGACAUAGAAGAAAAGUACUCAAGUUUGCAAGAGGAGGCUGCUGGCAAGACCAAAAAACUGAAGAAGGUGUGGACCAUGUUAAUGAGUGCCAAAGCAGAGAUGGCUGAUCUUCAACAAGAACACCAAAGAGAAGCUGAAGGGCUUUUAGAAAAUGUUCGACAGCUGAGUAGAGAGCUUCGACUCAAUAUGUUAGUCAUCAAUGCUUUCAUUCCACCUGAAUACCAGGAGUUACUGGAACAGUCGGUCCACUGGAAUGAAGAUAUUGGAGAAUGGCAGCUGAAAUGUGUGGCUUACACUGGAAACAACAUGCGCAAACAGACAUCUUCUAUGGAAAAAGACAAACAUAAAGAAAAAGAAAACUUGGACUUAUCCCAUGUUUACCUAGCUUAUACUCCAGAAGGUGCACAAAUGGCACUACGUCAAAAGUCUGCAAGAGCAAGGUCAGGUAGGCCACGGAGUGCUGCUAGGCCUAAAUCUUCCAAAAAGAUGCGAGGCAGUGCCGAUAUCGACUCGCUUCUCCAACAGUUUGAACGCUGACCUUCAUCUCGAAGAUAAUUCUUAUGACAGAAAAGAGAAAAACAUUUAUUGCUUAGGUUGUUUUAUUUUAAAAAAUGUAGUUGAAAUUGUGCACUUUGGAAUAAUUCCAAACACUAUCAACAUCUAUAGCGCUUUGCAAUUGAGUCUCUUCUAUAAUAUAACACCAGCCAUUUCUUCACACUCGACUAAAGAAAGAGUAAUUUGUACUGUAAGCUUACUCCUUCCAGUUAUUAUUAUCGUUUUAGCCUCUUCAAGAUAGUAUCAGACUGACGAUUCUUGAGUGAAAGAGCGGCAUACCUUCAUGGAAACAGAAUCUGGCUCUCUGCCAAAAUUAAAUACUUAGUUCUGAUGACCGACUAAUGACGAAGAAUCUUGUCAAGAUAUUGAACCUGUGUUCAUUUUAGUUAGAAGAUCUACGAAGUUUCUAGGCUUACUGCCGCAUGCAUGUCGCGGAUAACAAAAGCGGUUAAUUUAUAAGUUAGUGCAGCAAACAUCUGUGUGUGCUUAAUAUAUGAUCAUGAACUCAACGGUUGUAUGUAUAUUCUUGUAAUAUUAACAAUCUGUAUACGUUUCAGUUCUUUACUAUUGCAAGCCAUAAUUUUGUACGCACCACAGAUUCGUUGAAACCAAAAUUAGUGUUUCAGUAUUUAUUUAUUUAUUUUUAAUGUCUGUAUGAUAAUAAAAGUGCUACACAAAAUUAA